GGAUCAGGGACACGGUCGGCAGCAGACAUGGACUUGCAUUGCGAUUGUGCGGAGACUCCAGCAGUCGAGCAGCCGUCCGGGAAGAUUAACAAAACGGCUUUCAAAUUAUUUAAAAGGAGAAAAUCUGGGGGCACCAUCCCCAGCAUAUUUGGGGUGAAAAACAAAGGUGGGGAUGGGAAAGACUCGAGUAAAACAGGGAUGGUGCGGAGCAAGACUCAUGAUGGAUUAGCUGAUGCUGUGCUAGAAAGCAGCAAGAAAGAGGAAUCGAGCAGUGGUGGUGGUGGCAGUGAUCAGCAGAACAAGGAUAUAAACACUAGGGCUGUAGCCAGCCUGAAUGUUUCAGCAAACAGCUCGGUGGCGAAGUCGCACAGUUUCUUCUCUCUGUUGAAAAAGAAUGGGAAAUCGGAAAAUGGCAAGGGAGAGAACGCAGAUCAGAGGGCUGGCAGCAGACAAAAGAAAGGGCUGAAAGGGAUCUUCAGCAGUAUGCGAUGGCAUAAAAAGGACAAAAAUGGCAAGGAAGAAAGGGGGGAAACAUCAGAAAUUCAAUCCAGCCUCAUUAUGCCUGGUUCUUUGACGGCCAGCUUGGAAUGCAUCAAAGAGGAGACACCAAAACCUUUGUCUGAAACUCAAAACACCACAGAAGAAAUUAACAUUGAAUUGUCUUGUGAGAAAUGUGGCAGCGAUGUGCACACUACAGCAGAUGAGCCUGGAGUCAGAGAUGGGGAGUUGCAGAACAACAGAAACAUACCAGGAGAGGAUCCUGCUAGUGCUGGAAACCGAGGCGAGGAGAACAACCCUGAGCUACCAGAUCCGGGUGCAGGAGAGGUUGGGACUGCGAAGGAUGCAGCCAUAACAGGUGACAUUCCAAUAAAGACUAUUCCCCUUGUUGAACCCGAAUGUGAUAGCGGUCAAGAGACGGCAGCAGCCCCUGACCCUUCCUCUAUUGAUCCACCCUCAGAGCAAUCGAUUGAUCGUAUUUGUUUGAUGUUUGCUGACGUGACUUCAUUGAAAAGCUUUGACUCUCUUACAGGCUGUGGAGAUAUUAUUGCGGACCAGGAGGAUGAAGUGGGCAGCAGCAGUGGAGGCUGUGACAAGAACGCCCCGGGGCCCAGCAAGCCAGGCACCUCCAAAAAGAACCCAAACGUUGUGGCCUACCAAGGAGGAGGAGAGGAGAUGGCAAGUCCAGACCAAGUGGAUGACACCUACCUUCAGGAGUUCUGGGAUAUGCUGUCACAAACAGAAGAGCAAGUCCAAGACAUCCCUGGUGGGGGAGGGAUAAAAAAGCCUGACAUCUCAAGGGAGAGCAAGUGUGUUGUGGGGGCCCAGAAUGGUUCAAUGGUUAAACGCAUUGGUCUCAACCAGAUUCCAAUUCAUCUCAACCACAAAGAGGAUCAAAAGAACAGGGAAAAGGAGCAGCAAGAGUGCAUCCCAAACAGUGAUGAGGGCUAUUGGGAUUCUACAACUCCUGGUCCUGAGGAAGACAGCACCAGUAGUGUCCAGAAAGAGAGCAUACCGAGGGACAGCUACAGUGGUGAUGCCCUCUACGAUCUCUAUGCUGACACAGAUGAAAAUGUAGCAGGGGUGCCUUCUGAUGAAGAGGUUACUUGUGUGUUGCGCUCUAAACCAGUGUCACCCAUAACAACUACGUGCCCACUUAAAACACCUGCAGGUUCUGUCAAGGACUCUAAGAUACCUAUCAGCAUUAAACAUCUUUCAUCGCUUCCUGCCAGCCAUGCAACAGAUGCAAGUAACAGCCAUCAUGUUGCACACCAUCAUCCGGCCAAAAGUGAGAUACCCAGAACAAAAAUACCUGUUUCUAAAGUACUUGUACGUCGGGUCAGUAACAGGGGCUUAGCAGGGACAAUGAUCAAAGCCACCACAUUCCAGGACAGUGCCAGAAAGUAG